ACCCGCCUUUGGUCUCUCAACUCUCUUAAAUCAAACCCAACAAAACACAAGCUUUAAUCUCCUUUUUUCCCCCUUUUUUAACAGCAAAAUUAAAGAGAAAAUUUCCUUCCUUUUUUUUCCUUCAACAAUUCAGCUUUCUCGUAUUCAUGAGAACCAAGUUCUCUCUUGUACAAGGUUGAUUUUGGGACGUGGGUUUUAACGUUCAAGUUCAUCCAUAAAGGUUUCAAGUUCAUCCAUAAAAGAUGGAUACUACUGUUUCGGAUAACGACAUAGUGGGCAUUAAAGAUGAAUCUGCUGAACAAUUACAUGCUUCAUGUUCCUUUUUGGAUGAAAUUUUCGGAGAUCCACAGGUGAUUCCUCGUGUUGGAGAUCAAUACCAAGCAGAAAUUCCACCUCUAGUUGGAGAAUGUCGCAGUUUACAGGUUGUAAAGGAACCAAUUGACACAAAAGUCGUUACGAGUGUGCCAAACCCUUUCCCAAUGGGGUUGCCUAUCCCUCUUAUCUGGACAAAGACUAAAGCUGAAAGCAUAAAUGGUGCGGUUGACUUUGAAAACGGUGGAGAGAGCCACAUUACAUUAAGCCAUUGGUGUGCAGAAUAUAAAGUCGAAAGUUUAGGUUCCGUGUCGGGUAAUGGGAACGACACGAGAGAGUAUUUAAAGCAUAAACCUACAACCAAAACUAAGAUGGUUGUUGAUUUACUCUCUCCAAUGGAGCCAAAAUCUAAGCCAAAUCAGGUGGAUGGUGAUCUCUAUCCGCUUCCAGGCUCUUCUAGUGAAGUGUGGAAGGAUAUCGAACUCAACAGUUUUCUUCUCGGGUUAUACAUCUUCGGGAAAAAUCUUAUCCUUGUGAAAAACUUUGUUGAGAGUAAAGGGAUGGGAGAGAUAUUGUCUUUCUAUUAUGGAAAAUUCUACAAGUCGGAUGGAUAUUGUAGAUGGUCAGACUGCCGAAAAUUAAGAGGCAGGCGGUGUGUUCAUGGACAAAAGCUGUUCACUGGAUGGAGGCAACAGGAAUUAUUGUCACGAUUGUCUUCUCACGUUUCAGAAGAAUGUCGAGAUAUGUUGCUUGAGGUUUCUAAGACAUUUGGCGAGGGAAAAGUAUCCUUCAAAGAAUACGUAUUCACUAUAAAGAACACAGUUGGUAUUACUAUGCUCGUAGAAGCUGUAGGUAUUGGUAAAGGAAAGCAAGAUCUCACUGGCAAUGCCAUGGAACCCAUAAAACCCAAUCACGUAGUUUCUUUUCGUCCUGAAAUACCAGUUGGCAAAGCAUGUUCUACUCUUACAUCUGUGGACAUUAUCAACUUUCUAACCGGAGAUUUCAGGUUGAGCAAAGCUAGAUGUAGCGAUCUUUUCUGGGAAGCUGUUUGGCCUCGCCUUUUAGCUCGAGGUUGGCAUUCUGAACAGCCUAAGGAUCAGGUUUUUUCUGGUUCAAAGAAUUCUCUGGUGUUUCUUAUGCCUGGUGUUAAGAAGUUUUCAAGGAGACUAGUGAAAGGCAACCACUAUUUUGAUUCCGUCAGUGAUGUUCUUAAUAAAGUUGCAUCAGAACCAGGGCUUCUUGAGCUUGAAAUUGAGCUGCCUAAAGACGGCAGAGAGGAAAACGAAAAUAAGUGGGAGCCUGCAAUAAAACAAGAUCCUGGCUUUAUAUCGAACAAACAUGGUCGUUACCUCAAACCACGAAAUCCUGGUUGCAAUCGAGAUCUAAUGAAGUUUACGAUUGUAGAUACUAGUUUGGUCCGAGGGACUGAACGGUCCAAGGUUAGAGAGCUGAGAAGCUUACUUCCCGAAGUUGCUGCCAACUUAUCCACCCCCUCUAGUCUAUACAGUGAUUCUGAGGAGGAUACAUCUGAUGACUCGGAAGAUGUAUCCGAAGAAAAUAGCGUUUCUCAUGCUGCAGAGGCCACGGCUGAUGAGGGAGAAUGUGCGGAAAUAUCAGACUGUGUAAAUAGUAAUUCGAAUAUUGCAAUUCCCCUUACCUCUGAUAUGAGCAUUGUAUCAGUGAAAAACCAUGAAAGCCACCAUGCAAGUCUGCUUGAUGACGACUGGAAAAUGGUUACGAAAGAGCAAGGUUUAACCGAUUACGCCAAUGGAGAAUCGAGUUGUAGUGUUGAAAAUGUUUCUGCUAACAGGAUGUUAAAUGAAGACAAUUUGCACUAUCGGUCUAACUCACUCGAUGAUUCCGAAAAUAUGGUUUUUCAAACGGGAUCAGUAAACUUGUCUCCUGCCGGUUCUUUGUCCAAAGGCAGUCCUGAUAAUCGAAAGGAAGGCAUUGUCGCUGAAAACUGCUUGCAUAGAGAAGAAUCUCCAACGAAAUCUCAGUUGCAUACAUUGAUAGACUUGAAUGUUGGUCAAGUUUCAAUGGAUUUCGAAACGGAGGGCCCCUUCGUCACAGAGACCACGCAAAAUAGUGAGAAUUUGUUUGCACAUACAUCGUUCAAUCAGUCCGAAGUUACCAUGCAACCUGAUAAAGUUGCUGAGGUGAAUCAGCAGCCAGUAGUGCACAAUCGAAGGCAAAGUACCAGGAACCGACCAUUAACCACUAAAGCAUUAGAGGCUCUUGAAUGUGGGUUCUUCAGUCCCAAGAGGAAGCGAACGGCAGCGGAGACUCCAGAGAUUAACUCACAAAGAAUUCGCAGUAGGCCGGUUGGGAAUACCACUUUUAGGAAGCGAAAGGCGGUGGAGACUCCACAGAAUAGCUCGGAAAGUGUUCGCAGUAGGCCUGUUGUGAGUGCCAUUUUCAGAAAUGGUGCAGUGGGAAAAGAAUAGCCGGUUGGUCUUUCAAUUUGGUAACAACUCUUCUUUUCUGUUCAUGCUUUAUUGAUUAAUCCUUAGAAAAUUAGGAUUGUAGUUUUUCUUAUGAUAGAUUAAUUUUUUUUUUAAAUUUAUUGAAUGAUUUUGGGAUUAUUGAUUUUGUAUGAGAUUUCUAACAUCGCAAGUAAUAACUUUAAGAGGUUUAUUAAUAAAAAUCCUUUAAAAUUAGGAUUGAUUAUAAA